AAUGUCUACGAUGUCAACUUUAAAGGUUGUGCUUUGCCUGAACGGUGUGUUAAUCGCUCACUGAACCUCGGGCUCAUCCAAACUUUAAUUUCCAGCUCGUGUUGCACCACCAAACUCUGCAACUCCGCAAAUGCCCCUGAACCUGUCCAAUCUCAACCAAAUGGUAAAUCAUGCUUCUCGUGCGUAGGACAAUCGUGCACCUCGUCCCUAGCCUGCACGGGGAAUCAGGACUUCUGUUACUCAGCGUCAGUGACUGUGGAUGGUCAAUAUAUUCCGGUGAGGGGGUGUGUCCCUAAGGAGAUGUGCCAAGGGCAUAGCAGCUGCUGUGAGGGGGACCUUUGCAACAGCGCCAGCAGCACCAGCGCUGGCCUUCUGCUCAUCAUGGCACCGCUGCUGUCUCUGGGCCUGCUCUCAUAACACUUUGAUGACUCAUUAUCUUAUUAUCUUUGCAUGGCCUCAUAGUGCUCACCCCCCUGCCCUUAUCCUUUCAACCGAUGAGUGAGAACGUUUAAUGCAAAGCAUACCGAAUUUAGUAACAUUGUGAUUUCCUAUUUAUCCCUUGACCCUUGCCUCAUGUAUUAAACUGGCCUAUUUGCUUUUUGUAUCCCUAUUGCCUACGGUGACACUUUUGUCGUGAAUAGACAGAAACAGCUUUUUUUUUCUUUGGUAAAACACGAGGAAUGUAAAAUAAACAUGUAAAUUAUAAAAUACAUUAUUUUGAUAUAUUUAACCUAUUUAAU